AUGUCACUCACUUCGCCAGCCAAGAACGCUGAAGCUGUUCCAGGGGAUGACAUGGUAGACAACACAACGAACGAGGUUGACGGCACAAAGUCGCCUCUUCGGAAUUUUCAACACAACUCGCUAGUCUCUCAAGAAAUGGAAUCAACGAACGACACGAGUGAACAAAGUGGGGAGCAGCCCAGAAAGCUAGGCGUCACCUGGCAAAACCUCACCAUCACAGGAAUCCACAGUGACGCGAUGUUCAACGAGAACGUUCUCUCCCAGCUCAACCCUUUCCAAAAGAGCACCAAGUCUCGUCCGACGAAGACAAUAAUCGACAACUCUUCUGGCUGCGUCAAGCCAGGCGAAAUGCUGCUCGUUCUCGGGCGACCCGGUGCUGGCUGUACGAGCUUGUUAAAUGUGCUUUCCAACAAUCGAACUGGCUACGAAGAAGUCAAGGGGGAAGUGUUCUUCGGAAACAUAACCGCCAAGGAGGCUAAGCAGUACCAAGGCCAAAUCAUAAUGAAUACCGAGGAUGAAAUUUUUUACCCGGCGUUGUCUGUCGAGGAUACUAUUAACUUUGCCACCCGCAUGAAGGUUCCCCGACAUCUCCCGCCUGGUAUUAAGACACCUGAAGAAUACGUCCAACACAGAAAGAUCUUUUUGCUGCGGCUUGUUGGCAUAUCCCAUACGGCCUCGACGAAAGUGGGAGACGCCUACACCAGAGGUGUUUCUGGAGGCGAAAGAAAACGCGUAUCUAUCCUUGAGUGCCUCACUACUCGCGCAAGCGUCUUCUGCUGGGACAACUCCACAAGAGGUCUUGAUGCCAGCACAGCUCUCGAAUGGAUCAAGGCAAUGAGAGACAUGACUGAUCUCCUAGGGCUUACAACGAUCAUCACGCUUUACCAGGCGGGCAACGGAAUCUACGAACAAUUCGAUAAAGUGCUUGUUCUCGACGAAGGCAAGCAGAUAUUCUACGGCCUACAGAAAGAAGCGGUUCCUUUCAUGGAAAGCCUGGGUUUCCUGAGGGACUCCGGCUCAAAUCGCUCAGACUUCCUGACUGGUGUGACCGUUCCUACCGAGCGCGUCAUUGCCCCAGGUUUCGAAAGGACAUUUCCACGUACCGCCGAUGAAAUCCGUGUCGCGUACGACCGCUCAGCCAUCAAGGCCAAGAUGAUGGAUGAAUCGCAACUUUACCCCACAAGUACAGAUGCAGCAGAUAACACAGCGCUGUUCAAGGGGAUGGUCGCCCGCGAAAAGCACAAGCGGGUAUCCAACAGCUCGCCUGUCACUUCAAGUUUUUUCACCCAAGUCAAGGCCGCUGUCACCAGGCAGUAUCAGAUCCUGCGGGGUGACAAAAGCACUCUUAUUAUGAAGCAGGGUGCUACCGUCAUUCAGUCUCUGAUCGGCGGCUCCCUCUUUUACGCUGCUCCGGACAAUUCGCUUGGCCUUUUUCUCAAAGGGGGCGCUUUAUUCUUUUCGAUUCUUUACAACGCCCUUCUAGCUCUUUCCGAAGUCACGGAUUCAUUCACCGGCAGGCCUAUCUUGGCAAAACACAGAUCGUUUGCCCUUUAUAGGCCUGCCGCAAUCUGUGUGGCACAAAUCCUUGCGGAUGCCCCGGUUCUCCUUUUCCAGGUAACACACUUUGGUCUUGUCCUAUACUUUAUGGUCGGUCUCAAGCUGUCUGCCGCGGCCUUCUUCACUUACUUGGUUACCAAUUUCGUCACCGCAAUGGCAAUGACGGCGGUUUUCCGCCUCAUCGGCGCUGCCUUCCCGACAUUCGACGCCGCAACCAAGGUUUCAGGCCUGACAAUCGUCUCCUUCUUCGUAUACAUGGGAUAUAUGAUCUUCAAAUCGGAAAUGCAUCCAUGGCUCGGCUGGAUUUUCUGGAUCAACCCCAUGGCCUAUGGCUUCGAGGCCCUUCUCGGCAACGAGUUCCACGGUCAGGAUCUCGCAUGUGUGGGGCCCAAUCUCGUCCCGAACGGCCCCGGUUACAUCGCUGGUGAGGGAGGACAGUCAUGUGCCGGCGUUGCUGGCGCGAGGGUCGGGGCUACUAGCGUCACGGGCGACGAGUAUCUCGCUGCCAUGUCCUUCAGCCACAGCCACGUCUGGCGCAAUGUCGGCAUCAUUUGCGCGUGGUGGGUUGUUUACGUCGCACUUACCAUCUUCUUCACGUCGAGGUGGAAGCUUCUUGGAGAAGGUGGUCGUAGUCUGUUGAUCCCCCGAGAGGAUCAGAAAAAGUCCCGUCACAUUUUGGGACAUCUAGACGAGGAGUCUAGAGAAGUUGAAAAACCUCUGGAUAAGUCUGUACCCACUAAUUCGGAUGACGAGUCCAGCCUCGAACUCAUCCGGAACAAGAGCAUAUUCACAUGGACAAACUUGACCUAUACCGUCAAGACCCCGGAUGGCGACCGUGUUCUUCUAAAUAACGUACAGGGAUACGUAAAACCUGGCAUGCUUGGCGCACUCAUGGGCUCUUCUGGCGCCGGCAAAACGACUCUCCUCGACGUCCUUGCUCAGAGGAAAACUGAAGGCACGAUCCACGGAUCCAUAUUGGUUGAUGGCCAUCCACUUCCCAUUUCAUUUCAACGCUCAGCAGGUUACGUUGAGCAGCUGGAUGUGCACGAACCAUUGGCUACUGUCCGGGAAGCCCUUGAAUUCUCUGCCCUAUUACGCCAGUCUCGAAACACGCCAGUUUCUGAAAAGCUACGAUAUGUGGAUACAAUAAUAGACCUUCUGGAACUAAACGACCUGGAGCACACCCUCGUGGGCCGGCCUGGUGCUGGCCUAUCUAUAGAGCAGCGGAAGCGGCUCACAAUCGGCGUCGAGCUGGUGGCCAAGCCGAGCAUUCUGAUUUUCCUUGACGAGCCUACCUCGGGGCUUGAUGGGCAGGCUGCUUACAAUACCAUACGCUUCCUCCGCAAGCUGGCUUCGGUUGGACAAGCGAUCCUUGUUACCAUACACCAACCUUCAGCGCAGCUGUUCUCCCAAUUCGACAGUCUAUUACUGCUUUCAAAGGGUGGGAAUACCACCUACUUCGGAGAUAUUGGCGAGAAUGCGAAAACGGUUAAUGAGUACUUUGCUCGUUACGGAGAGCCUUGUCCGCCUGAGGCGAACCCGGCUGAGCAUAUUAUUGACGUGGUCUCGGGAGCCGGAAACCAAUCUGCGCAAGAUUGGAACAAAAUUUGGCUGGAAUCUCCUGAACAUGCACGACUCAUCCAGGAUCUCGAUGAUAUCAUCGAACAAGGCGCCAGUCGACAAUCAGAGGUUCUUGACGACGGACUGGAAUUUGCGGCGUCAAUGUGGACGCAAAUCAGGCUCGUCACGCACCGCAUGAAUGUCUCCUUAUUUCGUAAUACGGAAUACCUCAACAACAAGUUCGCCUUGCACAUAUCCCUCGCUCUAUUGAACGGGUUCUCGUUCUGGAUGAUAGAGAACCGGUUGACGGACUUGCAAUCGAAUCUGUUCAGUGUUUUCAACCUCAUCUUUGUGGCGCCGGGUGUCAUUUCGCAGCUCCAGCCGCUUUUCAUCGACCGUCGAGAUAUCUACGAAGCCCGCGAGAAGAAGAGCAAGAUGUAUCACUGGGCACCCUUUGUUACGGGUCUCAUUGUCUCAGAGUUUCCUUACUUGAUCGUCUGUGCGCUGUUGUAUUACGUUUGCUGGUACUUUACGUGCGGGUUUCCAUCUUCAGCCGAGCACGCUGGUAGUGUGUUCUUCGUCGUAUUAAUGUACGAAUGUCUGUACACCGGCAUUGGGCAGAUGAUCGCCGCCUAUACUCCUAACGCCGUGUUUGCAUCUCUUGUCAACCCAUUGGUCAUUACAACCCUGGUAUCGUUCUGCGGCGUCAUGGUCCCGUACAGUCAAAUCCAGAAUUUCUGGAAAUACUGGAUAUACUACAUCGAUCCUUUCAACUACCUUAUGAGCUCUCUGCUCAUCUUCACAACGUGGAAUAAGGCCGUGGACUGCGGCGAAGGAGAGCUCGCAGUGUUUAACCCAGCCCCCAACCAGACCUGCGGUGCCUAUCUUUUCGAUUAUCAACUAGGUAUGGGACGUGGCACCAAUCUCCUGAACCCGGAAGACUUGGCCGAUUGCCGUGUGUGCCAAUACACCCAUGGCGGGGAUUUCCUUCGCACUCUCAACUUAAACGAGGAGUCUUAUGGGUGGAGGAACGCAGGCAUUGUCAUAACCUUUGUGUUUGGGUGCUACGGGAUGGUCUAUCUCAUGAUGAAACUCCGGACCAAAGCAACGAAGAAGGCCGAAGCAUAA